UUGCUUUACUUUGUAUCUUGUACACAGGCGAGUGAAAAUCAACGGCUUAAGGAGCGUGUCCGGCUUCAGGAGACUGAACUCAGUCGUCUUCGUGGACGCCUCGCCGACUUUCGGUCAGUCUCAACAGACUCGAGCAAUGUGAAACAGAAAGGAGCCAGCGAGCAACCAGCGAUGGCAGAUUCCGUGGAAAACAAGGCCAAGGAUUCGCCUGUUCCAUCGCAACCGGCGCUUUGCACAACCGCUGACGCAAACUUUCAAAGGGAUGCAGCUGACAAUCGGAAUGGAAUACUAAGCAGUCAGCCAUCUGCAGCCUUCGUCGCUACUCGAGAACGUCUCGAAAGCCUGGAACGAGAGUCAAAAGAGCUAGAAAAGGCCUACACCGAAUGGCGGAACUGCGGUACUUACACGAAAGUGGGGAGCGCUGCUCCGUCAGCUAAACCAUCACAGCAUGCCAAAUUAAGCAACAGUUUGUCGGCCGCCUUUUUCACCGGUUUAAAAUCCACUAGUAUUCCAACUUUGAGACCCUUUACUACACAGUGGCCUCUUCCGUAUGUGCGCUCCCUAAACAGUGUCGUGGACGCAGCUCGUGAGCCUCUGCCAAAGACGAUUCUUGAGACCGGCCACUCGUCAUCAAACCUCCCUAAUCUACGCGAUUAUGCAACAGUGAGGUUAGUUUGA